GGUUGUGUACCUCCCCUGCGUCCCCACACCCACAGCAAGGUCUACUUUUCGUCUUGACCAUGGACAAUUCUGCGCCCCCUGUGCAUGGAAAAUGAAGCGCAACGAUUCAUAUCCUCUGGCCAUUUAAGCGGGUGCGUGCACCUGGGUGGGCACCGUCCCCUUCUUUCUCUCUCUUUGCUUCUGCAGCUUGCCUUGAACUGCUUUUUGUAUCCUCUGCUUUCCUGCUCCCCCGCAAUCCCGUCAACCUUUGUGUUGCGCUCAUUGUUUUUGCUCCUCUCAUUGGGUUUCUGUUUACACCGCCGCAUCCAUACUAAGUAAGGAGCUACGCCGUCUUUCUCCUCACUCCAUAGAUCGCCGUCGCUUUUAUUCGCACUCUAGUCGCUUUGACGCACUCUACAAGAUAACGUUGUUUUCCACCACCACCAACCACACACAUACCAAAAGCACCAUGGUUCAGAGCACACCCUCGUUCACCUCUGAGAGCCUCGCGGCGCUCAAGAAGCGCUACGCCGCCGCCGGACAGCCGCAGGUGUUCAAGUACUUUGACGACCUGAGCGACGAGGAGGCCACUGCGCUGUUCACGCAGCUGAGCAGCAUCGACGUCGAGCGGUGCAACCAAUUCUUCGACAAGACGGUGCGCAACCCCGCGCCGGUCUCGGAUUCGGUCACGCUGGAGCCGCUGGCGUCCGACUCGUUUGCAUCGACCAUCGAUGAGGCACAGGCUGCCGACAACGAGAAGUGGCGUGCCGAGGGCAUCAAGCUCAUUCGCGACAACAAGGUCGCUGUCAUCCUGCUUGCUGGCGGCCAGGGCACGCGCCUGGGCUCGUCGGCGCCCAAGGGCUGCUACGAUAUCGGGCUUCCGUCGCACAAGUGCCUGUUUGACAUCCAGGCCGAGCGCAUCCGCCGGCUGCAGGAGAUUGCAUCGGACAGCGAGCACAAGGCGGUCAUCCCCUGGCUGGUGAUGACCUCGGGCCCCACCAGCGCGGCGACACAGCAAAAGUUUGUCGACGAGAACUUCUUUGGGCUGAACCCCGACGACGUCUUCUUCUUCAACCAGGGCGUGCUGCCGUGCUUUGAUCUCGAGGGCAAGAUCCUGCUCGAGAACCGCGGCAAGGUCGCUGUUGCGCCCGACGGCAACGGCGGGAUCUACGAGGCCCUGCGCCUGAGCGGCGCCCUCGACUGGCUGCGUGCGCGCGGCGUCGAGCACAUCCACUCGUACUGUGUCGACAACUGCCUUGUGCGCGUGGCGGACCCGACGUUUGUUGGCUACGCUGCGCUCAAGGGCGCCGAGUGCGGAGCGCUGGCUGUUCCGAAGAAGUCGUGGGACGAGCCGGUGGGCGUGAUCUGCCUGCGUAACGGCCACUACAGUGUGGUCGAGUACUCGGAGAUCAGCCCGGAGAUGGCCCAGCUGACCCGGGACAGCACCUCGCAGCUGGCGUACAACGCUGGCAACAUCUGCAACCACUUCUACACCCUCGACUUUUUGCAGCACCGCGUGCCCGACAUCGAGUCCAAGCUGGAGCACCACAUUGCGAAGAAGAAGAUCAAGCACAUCGACACCGAGACCGACGAGCAGGUCGCCCCGACCAAGCCCAACGGCAUCAAGCUCGAGCGCUUCGUGUUUGAUGUCUUCCCCUAUGUCCAGAAGAUGGCGAUUCUCGAGGUCGACCGCAGGGACCAGUUCUCGCCGCUCAAGAACGCCCCGGGAACCGGCGUUGACUGCCCCGAGACCUCGCGCAGCGACCUGAUCUCCCAGUGCAUCCGCUUCGUUGAGGCCGCUGGCGGCAAGGUCCAGUCGGUCGAUGGCCAGCAGCCGGCCUUUGAGAUCUCGGCGCUGGUGUCGUAUGCCGGCGAGGGCCUCGAGUCCCUGAAGGGCAAGACAUUGGUCGGCGACCAGUACAUUGACAGCAUCAGCGCUGUCCAGUUUGUCUAGGGUGCUUGCUGCCUGCUCUGCAGGCGUCGCCAACAGUCCCUCUAUCU